CUUUAAUACCUUUGUCAAAGUAAAACCAUCAGCCAGUGGAAGACUUAAAAUUAAAUUGUAAAAAUGAAACUCCACAUUGGUGCCUUUGCUCUCUGCCUGGUUACCUUCGUUGCUGGCCAGUCUUCAGAUGCUGCCACUUUGCAACCGUCCGCGGAAUAUCUUCCACCAGUGGGAGACAGCGAGGCUGCUCAACUGUCCGAGGACGGAUACCGAUAUAAAACUGUGCGUACAGUAAGACUGCGUCACCGCCGAGAAGUCCCCAACCAAGAAUAUCUACCUCCUUUGGUAAAAGCCCCCACCCAAGAGUACUUGCCGCCAGUGGACGCCGCCGCUAUUGGUGAUACCAAGGUGGUCGAUGACGGGUACCGUUAUAAAACCGUGCGGAAGCUUAAAUACCGCACCCGCCACCGUCGUGACGUUACCGAGGUCGCGACGCCGAGCAACGAGUAUCUGCCGCCUGUAGAGGUUGAGCUGGCACCCGAACUGAAGACCGUACUAGGCGACGAUGGUUAUCGCUAUAAGACAGUGCGGCGUUUAAAGUUCCGUCGCCACCGCCGGGAGGCAGCUGCCGAGGCACCCAACAGCGAGUACCUUCCUCCUGCAGAAGCACCAGCUAUAGAAGCUGAGCCCAAGGACGCCGAAGAGGGAACUGAGCUGGCUAAGGACGGAUACCGCUACAAAACUGUGCGUCGCUUACGUUACCGCUACCGCCAAUAGGUCAGCUUAAGAACCAACUCUUAUAUUGAAUCAACCUGGUAUAUUGAACCCAAUUGACCCCAGAAACACUCAUAAAGGUUUAGCAAUGGCAACAGUAGCACGAACUU